AUGAAUUUUGAUCAUUGGGAUUGUCUUAUUUUAUUGAUUACGAUAGAAACUAUUGUGUUUUCUUUACUUCAUUUAGAAAAUGUAAUAAAAAGUCUUAGUAAUGCUUAUUUAAAUCAUCAAUCAAAAAUUACUAUUACUUCCAACUUACAAAGUCCGAAUGAAACAAGUGAAGAUAGUUUAAAUACCCAAACUGAAGGAGCACUGUCAAUGACUUCGUCAAAUCCUGAAUUAUCUCCACGAACUAAGCCACAGAGAACUUUAUCUGAAUACUCACCAAUUAAAUUUGAUGAGAAUAGCUAUACACUGUUUACAUUAUUAGAUCAAUUUAUUAAUUUACAACGAAUUAUUCAAGAACAAAACAAUGAUUGGAAGAGUAAACUUGAUCAAUGCAAAAUACUUAUUAAAAAGAAUUUAAAAAUACAAAACAGUCCUCCAUUUCAAACUGAAUACAAUGAAUAUUGUGACAAUAUGACUAAAGCACCAAAUACAUUUUUUGAUAAUUAUUCUACAAACAAAAUAAAUUAUUCUCAUUGUUAUGGAUGGCUUCCUUUAUUGUAUAAAAUUACUCAAGAAGAUUUUUUUGCAUCAUUAAUUCACUUAAUAAAAGAGGAUGAACGUAAAGUUAUUAAUGUAGGAUUUCUUUUAGAAAAUUGGCGUAAAGUUCCAAGAGCAUUUGAAAGUAAAUAUAUGAGUGGACUUUAUUCAAUUUAUGAAGAGUUAUUAAAGGUUCAUAAAAAUGGAGGGACUGUUAAUGCUUCAUUAUUAUCAAUGAAAGAAAAGUAUGAACUACCACUCUUUAAAAGAUGUAUUUGGAGAUAUCCACCACAAUACUUUUAUUUGUUAUUAAAUCCUAGAUUCGUUGCACAAAAAUUAACUGAAGCACAUGUUGGUAUUUUUACUAAAUGUCCACCACGUGCAAUUUUUUAUUCAAAACAAAUGAGAAGAGCAGGAAUUGGAGCAACUGAUUUAAAAAAGAAAGUUGAUAUCUUAGCAUAUUGGGUUUCUCAAUCAUUAUAUGAAAGCGUUCAAAAACCAUUAUUAAAUAAAGAAUUUCAUGAAUAUUUUAUUGAGAUAAUUUCACAAUUGUAUUGGUUACGACAUAACCUCCUCGCAACUUUGGGCCUUUCUAUUGGGUUUUCUUCUUUUAGAUUAAAUAAAUUCGAGAAACCAAAACUUCGUAAUGAUAUGAAUAAACUUAGAGAUUGGGUUAAUGAAUUAACUGACCCAAAAGAUGGUUCAUAUCCUAAUUUAAUUACUGCAAUGAAAGAAUUAGGAAAUCCGUGUAUUCCUUAUUUUGGUAGUUUCCAAAAUAUUUUUGAGAAAGUACUAAGUGCUGAUAUUCAAGACGUUAGUGUAUUGUAUUUAAAUAUCGGUAAAGCUACUGAAGAAACACGUAGAAAUAGAAUUAAAUGGAGUGAUCUUAUUUAUGAAGAUUCAACAUAUGUUAAUAAUGCAUUUGAAAUAUCAUUUAAUGAGUGGUGUGAAACUCCAUGGAGUGACAGUAAAUUAUUUGAUUCUAUGGUAAAGUCAACUAAGUUUAGAGUACUUCAUAAGAACCAAGAUAUUCCAAGAAGAAAAAAAUGUAUUAUCAAUUUGAAAAAAACAAAGAAUGGAUUUAUGGUUCAACCAACAAGUAUUUGUCGAUAUACAAAAUAUUCCCCUCUUCUUUAA